UCCUUUCUCUCAACAUAAUCUUUUUCUCCCUUCUUUCAUUUCUAGGGUUUCCUCUUUCUCUCUCUAAAACUCCGAAAAUGGGUUCGAUCGCCGAUCCCGGCGAGGUGACUCAGGCGUCGGCGCCGCCGGCGCCGCCGCCGACGAGCUUCGACGAGUUCCAGCGCCAGACUUCUCUGAUGACCAGCUGCACUCUCCUCUGGAAGGAGCUUUCUGAUCAUUUCACUUCUCUGGAACAGGAUCUUUUGAGGAAGUCUGAAGCCCUCAAGGCCAAGCUGCAAACCCUAGACACCCAGACCAAGCAGUCCCUUGAGGUGCUGGAGAAGCGCGAGACGUCUAUUGCCGCCUCCAUCUCCAUUACUCUCAAGAAAGUCGACGAGAGCAAGAGGGCUGCGCUCGUGGAAUUCGGGAACGCCGGGGGUUCGGAGGAGCCGGAGGUUGAUAAUUCCGCGGGUUUGCUGUUAAAGCUGAGGUCUUUUUGUGUCCAGAUGGAUUCCAGAAGCUUCUGGAGCUUCGUGAUUGUUCGGAAGAAGGAGCUGGAGUCUUUGAGGUCCGAAAUCCGGAAAGCCCUAGGAGACUGUGUGGACCCCCCCAAGUUCGUUAUGGAGGCGAUUUCUGAGGUGUUCCCGGUGGACAAGAGGGAGCUGAAGAGCGAGAGGAGCAAUGAUUUGGGGUGGGCUUGUGUUCUGCUUCUGGAAUCGCUGAUUCCUGUGAUGAUGGAUCCGGUGCUGGGCAGCGAGAGGAUGCUGGUGACGCCGGCCAUGAGGGAGAGGGCGAAUGAGAUCGCCGAGACAUGGAAGAAGAGCUUGGAUGAAAGGGGAGGGAUCGAGAAUGUUAAAACCCCUGAUGUGCAUACUUUCUUGCAACAUUUGGUGACUUUUGGGGUUGUUAAGGAGGAGGAUGUUGAUUUGUACAGAAAGCUUGUGGUCGGGUCUGCUUGGCGGAAACAUAUGCCUAAGCUUGCACUGUCUCUCGGCCUUGGAGAUAAAAUGCCUGAGCUGAUUGAAGAGUUAAUUAGCAGAGGACAACAAGUAGAUGCUGUACAUUUCACUUAUGAAGUCGGCCUCAUUAACAAAUUUCCUCCCGUUCCUCUUCUGAAAGCUUUUCUGAAGGAUGCGAAGAAGGCUGCUACUGCAAUUCUAGAGGAUCCUAACAAUUCUGGCCGAGCUGCGCAUCUUGCUGCGAAGAAGGAGCUCUCAGCAAUCCGGGCUGUCCUAAAGUGCAUUGAAGAAUACAAGCUCGAAGCUGAAUUCCCGCCAGAGCACCUCAAGAAGCGUCUCGACCAGUUGGAGAAGACCAAGAGCGAGAAAAAGAAGCCGGCUGCUGCUGCCGCCCCGGCUGCGAAGCGUACACGUGUCAGUAACGGUGGUCCCAUGCCUCCCGCCAAGGCAGGCCGCUCAACCAACGCCUACGUCUCUUCUUUCCCAGCAGCCGCCCCUACGUUUGUGAGGUCGCCCUCGCACACCCAGUACCCUACUGGACUCCCAGCUUACCCUGCAUCGCCAAUAUACACCCAUGGAAGCAUGAGUCCCCAGUAUGUUUACUCGCCCGAAGCCGCUCCUUACCCGGGCAGCCCCUACUCCCCAUAUGGAAGCUAUGGCAAUGCAAUGGCACCGGCUUACCAGCAAGCUUACUACUGAUAUAACUAAUGACUACUGGCUCAAGAAAUAUGGUGACAACUGAUAAUCAUGACUCAAUCUGAAUUUCUCUAAAGUGAUAUGUAAUCACUAAUCUAAAUGGUAGCUUUAUCUGUGUGUUAAUCCUUAAUUUCGACCUUUAUCCUGCUUCUUGCUUUGCAGCAGCAGGGCUGUACUUCUGAUGUUGAUUAAACUUAUAGUAUUAGGUGUUUGUGAAAAUUAA